ACAUGACGCUGUGCCACAUGACGCUGUGCCACAUGACGCUGUGCCACAUGACGCUGUGCCACAUGACGCUGUGCCACAUGACGCUGUGCCAGAGAAUUUACAUGCUGGCGAUGUUUGUAAAGAGAGUGAAAAAGGCAACCAUCUCACUAAAUUCAACAAAACUGAUGACACAGAUGGAGGGCUCCCAACUCUUUCAACAUCACAGGACCUUCCAGCAGAGCUCAUUGUCAAAAUCACCUCAGCAGAAGAAAGUGUCACGGAGGAGAGGCUAAGGGUCGUUGGUAAUCCCUCGACAUUGGAGUGUAACGACUUUGAUUUUUCUGUUUUUUCACCAAAAGCCAAAUUGCAAACGGCAGCAGAGAGCACUUUCAAUAGUGAGACCGACAAAAUUCAGAAGGUUGUGAAUUCCUCUGAUGCUACCAAUCAAGCAGGAAUGAAACGUAAGAAGCGACGCAGGAGACGUUCCAAUAUGCAUAAAAGGUAUUCCAAACCGCUGAAAAAGUUUCCCAAAGCUUGUGAAGAGACUCUACAGACAUGCACAACUUUGGAAAGUACUCCCAGUUUUCAGACAGUCACAACUCCAGUGGAGGUUGAUAGUUUACACUGUGACAAGGAUGAGUUGGAAGUCCCUCAGUUGAGUAAGCCUCCAAAAAUCAAAAUGAGGAAAAUUCCACGACGCAAGCGCAGGUUUGGAAAACUUUCAAAAAAGAAAAAAGUGACAUCAGCUGCUUCAGUUGUACUGGAAGAAGAAGAAAGAAAGGAAACAGAACACCAAAAUGUGGAAUGCAAAAAGUUAAAGGAACUAGAGGCUUAUCCUUUGAGAAGGAAAAUGGAGCGCUGGGACAUAAAGCCAGUUAUCAGUGAAUGUGGAAGAAUCUUGGUUCCGCAUGGUGCUGUGGAUUUUGACGAGCAGGUCAAGUCUUUAAAGGACAACUACCAGCCUUCAAAAGAUGAGUGCCUUGAAAAAAUGCAGGUUGAUGCCCCUGUGAAUGUUCUCAACACAGUUGAAAUGGAGCAAAAGAGCAGUGGUGCUUCAGAGAUGGGAGUGGAUGAAAUGGAGGCUACACAUGCCAAGGAUGUAGGGAACCACCAUCCCCAAUGUGUUGCUGAAGUUGAUCUUGAGAGUAUAUCAAAGCAGUCCGAAGAUGGUGGUGGAUCAGUGCCUUUGACUUUGGAGAGUAGUGCAGUUUCACCGAGGAGUAGUAGCACAGAUCCUUCACUACCACAGGAAGUUCAGGAAAAGAAAGCUGAAAAACCUCCAGAAAGGUGUUUACCAAAGAGUAAAUUCCUACUGAGUCGACUCAAGUCAGUUCUUUCGAGACGAAAGGGAAAACGAGAUUUUCCUGUGACAGUAGAGAAGGCGGAAAAUAUUCCGCAAGACAGUGUGCCUUUUUUUAAGCAGGCCAAAGUGGACUCUGACACUGAAGGUUUGGACUUAAAAAAUACAACUACCAAGGGUGCAAAUCUUCAUGAUAAAGAAGUUUCAAAGACAGUUGACCCUGAUUUUGCAUAUGCCUUAGGCCUGACCCCUAAAGAGUUUCUAGGUAAAGUUCAGAGUGCUGAGGAGCAGAGUACUCGAUUCCAGCCACUUCGUGUCUUACAAAGGGCUCCAUUGAUUUUCCCAAGGAGCCGAAGGAUCAAGACUCUCAAAAAGCACCAAGGUAUCUCCGCAGAAAAUGUUAAAAAGAAUUGGUGGUUGCAUUUUCAAACUCCAGGUUGUAUAACCAGUGAAACAUUCAAAAACACUGACUGUACUAGCGACAUUUCUAACAGGAAGACUGUUAAGAGAAAAGUGAAAAGUGCUUGCUCAUCUGCAGAGGCUUUGAACUUACUUGCUGACUUGGCACUCGGUGUCAGAAAUGACCAAGGUCCGCCACAACCAAAUCCAGCCUUUGAGAGAAAACCAGAGGAAAGUUUGAAGAAUUGUGACUUUACAAAAGGUCUGACAGAUGCUCAACAAGAGUCAGUUCUUCAUGCUCUGCUUAGAACCCCACCAGCUAGACCGAUUCAGACUGUUGAGUCUCCUGCACCAACCCCUCUUGUGGGAGACAGUAAAUUGGUGUCUGAAGAACAUACUUACUCAUUGCCCCCAUCUUCCUCUCCACCCUUGGGUUUGUCAGGUUCACCCUUUCAGGUAACACCGUUAAGCGGUUCAACUGGAGUACUGCAUCAUCAUCAUCAUCAUCAUCAUCAUCAUCAAACAAAGGAUGACGAUGGAGUUCAAAGAACAGAUCCUUCAUUUAUUGAAGAAGACAUAAGUGAGGACAAAAGGAGUUCAGAACACCCGCAUAGGCACAGGCACAGGCGACGGUUAAGACGCUGUCGUACCUUUGCUUUAAAGGAUGGAUCUAUCCAAGUCACAAGACAAUGGCGAGAAAACUAUGACUUUAGACGCGACAGCCGGUUUUCAUGUCACCCAAAGGACAAAGUUGUUGUCAGAGCUUUGCAUGGGCCGUGGGAUUUUUCCAUUCAAGACACUAAUGAAGAGGUGCGGCUCAUCUUCCACAUGUGGAUAGGACUGUUUUACAGCCGAUCUACAGACAGGUUCUUUCAUAUGGAUUCUUGUUUGAAGUACCCAUACUCAGAGGUGGAUGCUUUGAAAAUGGCGGAGGGAAUGGUAUCAGGUGCGACUGGGCCUGAAGUCGAGGGCGGUUCGACUGCUUGUCCCUUAAGUUCAGUAGAUGCUUCAGACCCUUUGGCCUCGGAACCUCAGGAUCUCAGCAAAAAAGAUGGAGCUGUGACAGAGUCGGUGGUUUUGGAUUUGUCGUUGAGAAACUCCAAAGCUCGCCCAGAUCCUUCAGAGCUGCAAGCAUACAGAAACCUGACCCGUGUACCGACUGCACAGAUGGAAUCCUUCAAAGCCUUUAGUGGUCCGAAGCUAACAGCACACCUACAGGAUGCAAGCAAACUUCAGUGUGAAAAGAAGAAUGCAUCUUCUAUGGAGAUUAUCAAGGCAUUGAAUGAUGUUGGAAGGCGUCCUAAAAGUAAAAAUGAUGCUUCUACUCAAAAGGAACCGUGUCUGGAGCACGGUAAUAGUUCAUCUUUCCAAGGUGAUGGGACAAUCAUUCCACAACAAGAAGAGGAUGGAAGUGGACCCAUUAAGCAAGAAACGGUACCGAGGCCAUUAGGAUUUAGCAAGGCGCCAAAUGAAUGCAACAAAGGCGGCAUUCACCGGGACAUUUCUGUAAAUUCAGAAACUACAAAGAAGUGUCUGGCGCAAAAAGAUGGAAAGGAUUCAUCCAUAUCUGUGACAGACACGGAGAAAGACGACAAAAAAGAAGGUGUCACAGUUCACACAGAUGAACUUGAAUUAAAAGCCAUUCAAAUGAGAAACGACCCAUGUCCGGAAGGCAAUGUAAAUCCUUCUCUCGAAAAGAUUCACCCAUGUGAUGGUUCUGCAAACAAAGAAUUGGGCAUUCUCUUGAGCAAAAAUGGUUUAGGAAAGGAGAAGCUGUCAAGACAGGAGUGUAAAGUUGUCUCACCAGACCAGAUUUAUCCUCUGAAUGGGAAUGCUGAUUGUAGUACAGGAUGUACAGAGUUUAGAGAGAAUGAUCACAAGAGAGAAGAUGGUUUGAAGGAUCAUCCAUUACCUAAUAUGUCUGAUGGUCCACUAAAAGAGGAUCUGAGUCCAACACAAACAGAAGAGCAGCCACCUCUGGCAGACAGCACAAAAGUUACAUGGAGUGAUUUGUGUGGGAAUCCCUUUUUGAAUAUUUCUUCCACUCCAUCAGAGAUCAUGCUGACUUUUGACAACUCUGCAGCUGAAAAAAGUUUUAGAAAAGACAUUUGUCUGGGAGAUAAGGCAGGCUAUCAGAAAGCAACGUUGCCCAUGUCUGAUGGGAGCAGCUGUUCAUCAAAGGAACCAUGCACAGAAUUGCAUUCUCCCCAUACAAAAGGCAGUGUUCAAGCAAGAGAUGAAAAUGAAGUCUCAGACUUCAGUUUUGAUCUGGGCAGUAUUGGCCACAAUGAUCAGGACUCCAAGUUAACACAUACUGACUUAAGGAGUCCAAAAGAACCAUUUCAAAACCAACCCCAUCCCACUGAAGGUGAGAAUAACAUGCCAUGUGCUACAAAAACAACCCUCAAACCAUGUAAAAUGAGUGACAAGGUGGAUAAACAGAGAGAGAUCGUAAUUCCAUUCAUUGGAAUAGACACCUCUGGAAUGAUUAUUGUACAAUCUCAAGGCAAAAUUGAGGAAGCUGUUGGAAACCAAGAAGCAAUACCAUUUAUCAGUGAAACUACCAACAGUGAAGUUGUCCAGCCCAGUGAAGAUAGCACUUUGACUCCAGUACGUGAUGAAACGGCAGAAUGUUCUCCCAAAAUAUCACCUCUGGAUGUAAAUGAAAGCCAGAAACCGGUAGUUUUGGAUAGUGUGUUUGGCGACAGUUGGCCUACUCCAGCUGUAAGUGAGAAAAUGGAUGACAACAUGAUAUGUUCAAGCCCUAGCAGGAGCACUUCUGUUUUUAUCAACAAAUUUCCUAGCAGAAGCUCCGCACCCGUCACAGAAGAGCCUUUGUUCCCACAUAAGGUUCAAACAUCUACAUUUAAGGCUGAACCUAACCUUCAUCAAGGUCUUACCUCAGACCUGGAAUUAAGAACUCUUAGAGUUGUACAAAAACUAAACGAAUUCCUCUCCACAUCAAAGCACAUGGACAAUCAGAAAGAAGCAGCUGACAAGAGAAGUUAUCCACAUCAAAGACCUAACCUCAGCACAAAGCCUGUAUCUACAUGCUCGGUACGAGAUCGUAUUUCAGUUGGCUAUAAGACGAGGAAAGCAAGCAAGAGAAGAACACCAAUGAGAUCAAUCUCUAGCUCACAAGGUCCACGCACAAAAUCACCAGAAGACGUUCAGCCGCAACAUUUUUCAGAUAAGAUGGAAGAAAUACUUGGUGUGAAGUUGCAGCUCAAGAAUUCUGCUUCAUCAGUUCCUCAACACCGUUCUCGAAGUGCCAACGAACAGCCAAUCUCUACAGGCCCAGAUUGUUAUUCAUAUAUACCUUUUAUCUCUGCUGAAAGUGUGCAAGAUGUGCGUAAAACACCAUCGCAAUCCAAUUUAAACCAUGGAGCCCGUUCAUAUAGUCAGCGUCCUGUCAUGGCAGUGAAACCAUCGAAGAGUGAAGAAAGUCAGGGACAUUGUUUUUGGAGAGAUCCAAAUGGCAGUAAUGGCCUCAUAGGAAGCUACACAGGACAGAGUUCAAUAAGCUUGGAGACACGGACAAAAGAAAGAUCAGAUGGACUAAAUGAUGAAAACUGUGAUGUGCAUGAGUUUUCUUCUUUGAUAACCUCUCGGUUAUCAAAUGAUGGGUACAGUAAUUCUACCUCGGAUGCAGAACCGUUUGCUCUUCAGAAUCCUCCACAUCAGUGCCUGGGAAAAAACAUUUCAAAAUUCGUCAUGGUUCCAUCUUUGCCUCUGUUCGUGGAGCCUUAUGACUCUGCUGAAAGUUACCCCAGAGCUCUGGAUGAAAACCAUAUUCUUUUGACACACAACUUAAUACCGAAAGAGGAAGACAUCAACCAGAAUGACUACUCGGACAAAUUUCUUGAGUAUCACGAAGAGGAAGGCAUAAGAGAAGACAGUUGCACUCAACAACCUGAAACAACACUUGUUUGUACAGUUACAAAUACCGGAUGGAGAGAACCUUCUCUUCUGGAGCAGCUUAGUAGGAGGUGCAUACAAGACGACCCCACUCAGGGAUCAAUAGAACAGGAGUGUCUCAUCUUCUCAGAGCAAAUGAAAAACCUCUUGAAGAAGAAGAAAGAACUUGUCUGCCAACAGGAUAUUCACGGCAGUGUUAGGUUGCCCUGUACUAGUCCUGUGACUGUCAACUUCUCCAGCCUAGAGGAGCAGGACGAUUCACCGGAUUUCUUUGAUGAGUCUAUUGUUGGCCAAAAAAUAGAAAUAGACUUGUCCGAUAGAAAAAACCUGAGAGACAGUACAGAGGGAGACAGAAGCUUGCAUUCUCAAAGACCCGGAAACCCAAUGGAGCAUCCCGGGGUCUCUGAUAUGACUGCAGAAUGUGCUAGGUUGUACCAGGCUAAAAUGGAUGAUAUUUGCUCAGUCAAAAAAGUUCCAUCUCGACAAAGAGGCUCGGGAAUGUACCAGGGUCACCCAAGAUCUGGGCCAAGUAAACAUUUCGACUUUUGUGGUCAAAUGAAGAAAGAACUGGAUGAGACCUUCAGGAGUAAUCUGAAUGCAGUUGUGAAGAAGUCCUGCAGGACAAAGUACAGAUUUUACUUAUUGGUGACCGCAGAUGACGUCUUCUUUGAGGAAACCAAGGCACUUUUAGAAGCAGAAGGCCACAUUGCUGUCCAGCCAUCUGAAUUCUUCCUUGCUGAGGACUGUUCUUCAUCUCUAUUCAUUAUCCUGAGAAAUGAAGACAUUGCAGAACACAUUUCUGAAGUGCCAGACUUGCUCAAAUUGAAGAUGUCUCCAGGAGUGCAGUUUGCUGGAAUUGAUGAACCGGAUGAUAUUGUGAACCUCACCCAUCAGGAGCUCUUCACUCAUGGUGGCUUCAUAAUGGUCAACCGAGCUGUACUGGAGACGCUCAGCCUCUGCAACAUGAAAGCAAUUUCUGACAUCUUGCUAGAGCUCGGCAGAAGUGGGAAGUGGAAAUGGAUACUGCACUACAAAGACAGCCGUCGUUGGAAAGAAAAUGCUAGGUUGAGUAAAGAGGACAAUGAAAAGAAGCAAUUCCUGUUCUGGGGCAAGGACACUGGAAUGCUGGAGGUCUUGCCUUACCACGACUGUGACUUGGUGACAAAAGAUGAGCCGGACUAUCUUGCAUGUUUGCUUCGACUGCAAGUCCAGAAUGUGACAUCGCGUUACAUCAUUUUUAUUACAGACACGAGAGACAGUGCCUUAGAGGAGAAUGGGAUUUUGACGCUGACGUUGACCAAUUUCCUGGCGAAGUUUUCUGGUCAAUCUGACUGAAAAACAGGAAAAAUGGACAAACUCAAAUUGCUAAAAGCUACUUUCAGAAGACGGUUUAUCUGAUAAAAAACUGUCACCAGUAAUGCCACCAGGAUGCUUAAAUCACACUACGUGAGCUGAUGUUCUUGAUGCACACUUGAGAUCUUUUUAGUAUCCCAGCAAUAAAUGUUGAUUUAUAGUUUUAAUUAUCUUUUUGUUAAUUUUUGUUUCUGUGUAAGUUAAUUUAGUUAACUGUUAGGAUGGCAUUUUUGCAAUUAUGCUGACAGCUGGGCUGUAUUUUUGUUUGUUUACUGUUAAUAUUGUAAAGGUUUUUAAAAGGCAUGUUUACAUUGCCUUUGUUUAUCUUUAUAUUUAAAGAUAUUUUUUUAAAUAUUGACUCCCAGCUCUUUUAUCGAAUAUAACGUUAUUUGUAAAUAGUGAACAUGUGUUGUUAAUAUGUUGAAAAUAAAAAUUUUAAGCCCCUUCCACACGAAGACGGGCUCAGGCCUUAACGUAAAAGUUUUUAAUAAAACCAGUGAAUCAAUCA